AUGGAGGUUUUCCUCGCCGUCCCACUGUUCGGGUUGUUCCAAGCCAAUGCAAGGCGUAAGCGGCCCCUCACCGACACAGACAUCAUUCGUCAAGAUUUGAAAUCCAUUCGAACCGACAUGUUGGCCCUGCAAAGACAAGUCGGCGACCUCCAGUACGCGUUGCACGCGAUGGUGAAGAUGCGCCAAGAAGCCGCGGGGAGGAAGCGCCAGCGCCUGCCAACAGCCCCAUCCAACCCGAGCGACCCCAGCCAACCUAUUUAA